UCAGUUGUGACACCGGGUACAGUCUGGUGGGUACGUCUAUGCUAACCUGUCAGUCCGAUGGGACCUGGAGUGGAGACAGACCAACAUGCAUAGUCGUACAAUGUCAGACCAUCUCGGCUCCAGUAAACGGUAUAUUCUGGCCUACGGACGGGUCUAAUAUCUACCAGGAUCAGCUGCGCUUCGACUGUGACCUGGGGUACGUUCUGGUAGGAGCGGCCAGCAUCACAUGCCAGGCAGACGGCACGUGGAGUGACAAUGCUCCCAUCUGCUCAGGUGUGCAGUGUCCACCACUGGCAGCUCCUGCCAACGGUGCGAGGACAGGAUCAAACUCCUACCAAGACGUGGUGACCUUCACGUGUAACCUAGGACACGUGCUUGUUGGAAGCGCAAGCCUGACCUGCCAAGCUGACGCUACGUGGAGUGGGAACGUCCCAACUUGCCCCCGUAAGAAACCAGCGCUUUGUUUUACCGCAUCAGGUGUGCAGUGUCCGACGUUACUUCCUCCUAUAAACGGUGGCGUCAGUGGCUCCAACUUUUACCAAGACGUGCUGACGUUCACGUGCGAUCCUGGAUACGAGCUUGAAGGAAGCGCCAGUCUGACCUGCCAAGCUGACGCCACAUGGAGCGGGGUCGAGCCAACCUGCACUCGUAUACAGUGCCCGGCAUUGCCGUCACCUAUUAAUGGUGAUUCGAGCGGCCCCAACUUCUACCAGGACGUGGUACAGUUCACAUGUAACCCUGGAUAUGAUCUGGUCGGAGAUUCCAGUUCUACCUGCCAAGCAGACCGGACAUGGAGCAGCAACGUCCCGUCAUGCAACGACAUUGAUGAAUGUUCAGCUGCAAAUGGUGGCUGUGACCAUGUAUGUACCAACACCCUGGGCAGCUUCCAGUGUUCCUGUGUGGAUGGAUUCAACCUGAACGUCGAUGGCCAUUCCUGCGACGACAUCGAUGAAUGUAUCAGUGCAAAUGGUGGGUGCCAGCAGAAUUGCCACAACUUCAUCGGGAGCUACUUGUGUACCUGUGGGGUUGGUUACACCUUAAACAUGGACAGUCAUACAUGUACUGAUGUGGACGAAUGUUAUGCUGCCAGUGGUGGUUGUGAUCAGCUGUGUACCAACACUGCCGGCAGUUUCCAGUGUUCCUGUGGGAACGGUUUUAGUUUGAAUGGCGAUGGAUUUGGUUGUGAUGACGUGGAUGAGUGUGCAACUGGAAACGGUGGCUGUGGGCAGAUUUGCCACAACCUGAUCGGAAGUUUCCAGUGCUCUUGUAGGGACGGUUUUGUCUUAAAUAGCGAUGGUUUUGGUUGUGACGACGUGAAUGAGUGUAGCACUGCAAAUGGUGGUUGUGACCAGGCGUGUACCAAUGACAUCGGGAGUUUCCAAUGUUCCUGUGGAGCUGGCUACAGCUUGAAUGCCGACGGGUCCUCCUGCGACGACAUAGAUGAAUGUGACACCACGAAUGGCGGCUGUGCCCAGAUUUGCAACAACAGCAUCGGUAGUUUUGAGUGCUUCUGUCGUACCGGCUACAUUCUAAAUGUGGAUGGACAGACUUGUGAUGAUGUUGACGAAUGUGACACAGCAAACGGAGGCUGUGGACAGUUCUGUAACAACACUCUUGGUAGCUUCAACUGCUACUGCGCGACUGGGUAUAGCUUAGAUGUGGACCAGUUUUCCUGUGACGCCCUACCACCUCCUACAAACUUCAGUGUCAGUCGUGUUGGCCAGCAGUCGGUCACUGUGCAAUGGUUACUGCCUGCUAGAGCACUGGUGGUUGGCUACAGAGUGUGGCUGACGGACAGGGAAACUGCGGCCAUAGUUUCCACACAGUACCUGCCUGAAUCAGCGGUCUCUGUUGCCUUCACUUCUCUGAUCCCCGCCACAGAGUACGUGGUGGCAGUGACGUGCGUCAAUUCACACAUCGAUGGACCACAGGCAAACCUAACAAUUGUCACAGAUACCGAUGCUCCACUGCAUUUGAAGAUUGAAGAUACCAGGUCCGGUAGCUUGGUCCUGUCCUGGACACCGCCAGUUGCCAAGCUCACGGAAUACGAACUUACGUACAGCAGUGUAGAACAACGCAGGAAACGACGAUCCACGAGUUCUCUAACUUUGCCUUUUAGCAGCAAUAGAUAUUUGCUGCAAGGACUUGUCCCUGCCACUCAAUACACAGUCGGCUUGACUGCCGUCAGCCGGUUUGGGCGGAGUGAAACAGUAUCCUCAACGGGUAUAACAGUUACGGACCCACCGACUGAGUUGACGGUUAAGAACGUCUCCUCCACCUGGAUGCACGUGAUGUGGACACCACCUGUAGCAGCUGUGGUCUCAUAUGAUCUCAGAGUAAUCGACACUACAAACCAAAAUGAGAUACAUUUUAGCAUACAACCUACCCUCACGGAGUUCAACAUAACGGAGCUCUUCCCAAAGACCGAGUACAUCGUCUGGAUUGCAGCCGUCAGCUUAUACGGACGUAGUGUGGAAGAUGUCAGCUUUUGUAGCACCGUUGCUUUGAGCGUUGACAAUACAGUUAUAGACAAUGAUGUUGAUCUGAACGUCAAAGUCACUGCGAUGGCACCAAUAGACAACGAGGAUUUGGACAUCAAAAUACUGCGUUUGAAGGAUCAAGUGGACAGAUACGCCAACGAAGAGACUCCAAUUGGAAAUCUCAUCGGAAUCAUAGCAAAAAUACCUCCUUUACUACAAACGGGGAUGUCAACGCUGUCAUCAUCUGAUAUUUUAGUCAUUUGGUGGGAAGCUAUAGAUUUGUUGAGCAAGUCUUCUAAACUCCUAAGAGCCACUCAAGGAGCUACAAUAACAACGAUGGAGAAGAUGAAUGAUGUCAUAGCAAGUACUGUGUCCAGUCUGAUACAAAUGACACCGACCAAGAACUACAUUACCAUUGAUGACUCCGUAGACCUGUUUGAAAUGGAUGUCAUAGAUGUGCACUCAGUGAAUGUAUCACCAAAACAACAGCUGAAGAACAUUAAGGAUCAACAGUUGAAAUCUCAGCUUCAGCUUCGUGUUGCUGCAUAUUCUCUGCUGAACUCCAUCGACCGAGCAGCAAACAGUCUUAUGGACAUUUUACCACAUACGGAGGAAUACGUUACAACACGUCAAAACGAUGAAGUUGCCAUAGUGAUUGCAAGGACCACCAGUAGUAAUUACGUGACACUUCAAGCUGGCCAGGUUACCAUAACAGCUUCUACAACAGGCUGCUCGUCAGAUGGCAGAACUGAUGUCAAGAUGGUGGUAAUGGAAAUGAAUCUUCUUUCCUGGAAUUCAUCGACCUACGGAGAAAACGUCACAACGUCAGUGAACAUGGUUUCCCUGGGACCUCAGAACUGCUCCCUGCAGCUCAGCGUCACCAUGCCACUAACACUGGACUUCGCAGAUCUCCAACAGCCAAGACGUCAAAAACGUCAUCUUGAGGAACAAGGUUUAGUUGGGACGCAGUACGCACAGAGCAAUGCAUCUGAUGGACAGGGAAGAAACUUGGAUGAUGCCGCGGCUGGUCACAAGAACAACGCGACAAUGACUCACCAUGCCUUUGACGUUCACUCUUCAACCAUCCUGAUGGUGAUGCAGUUGUCGUGGUGGGAUCACGCCGCUGCAUUCCGUGUGUUCUUCCGGUACGACACGCCUCCUACAGAGGAGCUGUAUGACAACAUGAUGAUAGUUCAGGAGGAAGAUGUUGUUCUGGCUUGGCAUCGAGGCACGGACAGCCUGCGAACAUUUACUCCAAACAUCCAGAGACGACAGGGGAGACUUUAUGUUGGGAUACAGAAAUCAGAUCCGCGCACGCUUUUGCAAUCUGCACCUUUGCCUGAAGACUACCUACUUCAGGCAUCAACAGUGAGUUUGGAUCUAUCUGAAAGCGUCAUCAGAUGUAACUGCAGCUUCCCCAGGCCGAGGGGUGCCAUUGCCGGCUCCGUACACCUUCUUCCUAAUACUAUUGAAUUCGACAACGUCUUUGGGGACCCCGAGAGCCUUAGCAAAAGCAAUAUCGUUUUCUACAUUGUCAUCAGCGAGUGGGCUCUCUAUCUUCUGUUGAUCAUUAUCUUCAAUGUCGACUUUCAGCGUCUUAGCGAAAAGAUGGGUGGAGCAACUCUCAACAGAAGAAAGCAGUUACCACUGCUGUCCGUCCUCCCCCCGGACAGGAUGCCGGCCCCAUAUCUGUACCAGGUCACCGUCACCACUGGCUCCAAUUUUGGUGCUGGAACGUCAGCAAGAAUAGGGUUCAAAAUAUUUGGAUCCAACAGCAAAACUGCAGUCAAAGUGGUCAAUCCCAGAGGAGAAUCCUUGCUACGAGGUGGUAUUUAUGACCUCAUCAUGCCCCAGAAGACGUCACUAGGGCAUCUGGAGCUGCUGCACAUCUGGCACGACAACACCGGUGUGGAUGAAGCUUCGUGGUUUCUGAAGGACAUCAUUGUGAAGGAUUUACAAACACACGAAAUUUUUUCCAAGGCAGAACGUCUGUCCUGCUGCUGGGCUGUUUUUAACAGCAUCAUGCUGGCCAGCGCCAUGUGGUACAGCAGUGGCAGCGGGGUGAUCAUCAAAAGCACUGUGUAUGAUCUGGGAUUUGUACAAUUCACACUACAAAUUUUGGUGAUUGCGAUCCUCGCUUCUUUGAUGUGCACCAAGUCGACUGAGAAACAGAAAACGUACGAUAUCAACAAGGGAGAACUGCAAGCACGGCUUUGGGACCAUAAAGCCCCACAGAAGGUGUACCCACCUGAAGCUGCUUCUGUACAAAGUAUGCAAAAUAAGAGAAAACAACGACGUCAGUUUUAUCACGUUCUGAGGGACUUUUGCCUCCUGCUUCUGUUUGUUGUGGUCCUGUUUUACAUCAGCCACAACGACAAAGAGCCGUUUGCUUUCCACGCAUCGCAGACGUUGUCGAACACGCUCAUGGAAGAUUUCAAUGAGAUCACCACUGCUGAUGAGUUCUGGACAUGGACUGAGGACAUCCUCCUGCCUGUUUUGUACCCGUCGUUCUGGUACAAUGGGUGGAAGAUGAAGUACCUGGACCGGCAGUUUCCACUUUAUACUGAAGCGUUCAGAAUCGGUCCGCCACUCCUCACUCAACUUCCCAUCACUCCAUCUGUGGCAACAUUGGUUUUCUCCAAGCUCCAACAGAACCAGUGGAUUGACAAAUACACACAGUAUCUGAUACUUCACCUAUCAUUUUACUACCCAUCGCUGAAGGUAUUCAGCAGUAUAAAAAUGACUGUACGUCAGGAAGAUAUCGGUCAUCUUUCUACAUCAGCAACUGUUGAAACACACAGGCUGUUUCAGUAUGAAAAUACUUCUGACUACGGCAUGAUGCUUGUUCAUGUCGGCUUCGUGAUUUUGUUUCUGGUCCAUUCUACCAACGAGGUGGUAACCAUAAAGAGAGAAGGAAGAAAACAUUUCCGUUCUCUUUGGAAUGUGUUUGCUUUUCUGAGCGUCGUGGGAUGUGCAGCUGUCAUCUGUACUUUUGGAAUUAGGUACCACUUUGCAUCUGCAGCACUGAGGAAAAUAGUCGAAGCUACAGGUGAACUUGGAAUAGAACAGUUUGUAGAUUUUAGCCCCACUUUCUGGUGGGAUGAUGUGUUCAAGCACCUGUUGGCCGUUGUGGUCUUCAUCACUACACUGACGCUACUCCGAGUCGUCCGCUUCAGCAAGACCAUCGCCAGUUUCCUCGCCUUGCCGGGGGCCAUGAAGAACGACCUGAUGAGCUUCACAGUUACAGGCGCCAUAGCCUUCAUGGCCUUCACCUGCUCCGGACUUGUGUUGUUUGGAACACAUUUGUUGGCCUAUAGCAACGUUUUGGACACCAUGCUGGCCUUAUUUGAGAUGUUGUUGGGCAGGUUCUUUGCUGAUGAAAUCUUGGAGGCAAACCCAGUUGUCGGCCCGAUUUUCUUCUCUUUGUUCAUGAUAUUAAUCUUCAUAAUCCUCAUCAACUUCCUGGUAACCAUCAUCUGUGAUGCUAUUGCCUCCCGAGCAUCCAUUGACGAUGACUAUGACCAGGAACUUGUAGAUUACGUAUGGAAAACCUUCAAGGAAAUGUUUGGGGUCCACUCGCCACCAGAGACGGAUGUACAAACAGAUGAGGUAAAACGUGCUGAGCUGAAUACCAACUUCCGAGUGAUAGAGGAAACUUUGAAUGAAAUCUCUGACAUUACAAACUGCUUCUGGGCUCACAACACAAAUGAAAGUCCUUCCCCUAGCCUAGAUGUCACCCAGCCACGUCUCUCGGCGAAAUUAUUACAAGGAACAUUCGAAGAAUCUACUUCACUGCUAAGUUCAACCUCAUACGGUAUCCAGGAGCAGGUCCAAAGACUUCUCCAAGCUCAUGCAGACGAUCAGCUAAAAUUUGAGGAAGCACAGAAAGAGAGCAGGCGACGAGCCGAAGCGAUGUUGAAGAAAAAACUGGAUGAAAGGAGGAUGAAAACAGAUGUGAAAUCCGGUUAUGAAAAGGGGACCAUUUUCAAGAAUGCCCAGAUACUGAUGGACCAACAUGAUGUGGAUGAGGCAAGACUACGGCAACGACAGAGGAGGGAGAGACGCCGAUUCGAGACCAAAUUGCGACAGAAAAUUGCAAUACGACAUAUGCAAAAACAUGCCAAUGCUAAGCGGUAACAUAGUCGUUAGUGCUGUGUAUCAAUCAAGAAUAUUUCCACUACAUAUUUUGUGUUUGUGUGAUUCAAACACACUUACGUGUAUCAAGUUCAUAAUAUCAUCAGUUAUCAUAAAGGC